AACAAUUAUUAUUGGUGAAAUUCAUUCAUGAGAGAAGACGAGAACCCUGAAUAUAAAGUAGUCCAUAGUUGAGAUCUAAGCUAGCUGCUACUGCUAAGGUGCUAGGUAGGAAAAUACUCAAAUUUCAUAUAUAAUUUUGUUUGAUCCUGUGCGCCUGCUGCUUAUCGAUCCCCGGUGUUGAUCGAGCAAGCAAGGACCCAUAAACUAGUUCCAUGGCAUCCUAUGAUGACUCAGAAAGAUCAGAUCGCGGCAUUAAGGAGGAGGAGAAAAAAGAGCGGAAACACAAUGGGGAGGAGGAGGAGGGUGACAGCUUCAUAGAUAAGGUGAAGGAUUUCAUUCAUGACAUUGGCGAGAAGAUCGAGGGAGCUAUCGGAUUUGGUAAGCCGACUGCAGAUGUGGCUGCAAUUCACAUCCCUUGCAUAAAUCUGGAGAAGGCAGAGAUUGUGGUUGAUGUGCUUAUUAAGAACCCAAAUCCGGUGCCCAUCCCGCUCAUUGACAUAAACUACUUGAUUGAAAGUGAUGGUAGGAAACUGGUGUCCGGAUUGAUCCCGGACGCUGGAACAAUCCAGGCCCAUGGAGAAGAGACUGUCAAAGUUCCACUUCACUUGAUUUACGAUGACAUCAAGAGCACCUACAAUGAUAUCGAGCCUGGAAGCAUCAUUCCCUACAGGAUCAAGGUUGAUCUCAUUGUGGAUGUCCCUGUUCUUGGCAGGCUCACUCUCCCACUUGAGAAAACUGGAGAGAUCCCCAUCCCCUACAAACCUGAUGUUGAUGUUGACAAAAUCAAGUUUCAGAAAUUCUCCUUUGAAGAAACUGUUGCAGUACUCCAUUUGAAGCUCGAGAACAUGAAUGACUUUGACUUGGGCCUCAAUGCUUUAGACUACGAGAUUUGGCUCUGUGAGGUCAGCAUUGGAGGCGCUGAGCUCUCCAAAUCUGCCAACCUUGAAAAGAAAGGUAUCACUUUUGUUGACGUUCCUAUUACCUUCAGGCCAAAGGAUUUUGGCUCUGCGCUCUGGGAUAUGAUCCGGGGUAGGGGUACUGGUUAUACCUUCAAAGGCCAUAUCGAUGUUGAUACUCCCUUUGGGGCCAUGAAGUUACCCAUUGUCAAGGAGGGUGGUACUACACGCCUCAAGAAGAGCAAGGAAGAUGGUGGCGACGAUGAUGACGAUGAUGAGGACUAGAGAGGGGCCUUGGCUUUGGCCUUGGCUUUUUCUUGAGCAAUCAAACCAGUGGCUGUUGUCUGUUAUCUGUUAUCUGUUAUCUGUUAUCUGUUAUCUGUACGAGUAUUUUAGAAAAUAAUACUUAUAUAGGCGCUUGAACUGACGUUUGAACUUCUGGUGGAAGUGUAUUCAACCGUUUGCGAGAAAAGUUGGAUUAAAUUUAUUAUAUAAUUAAGAAAGUUAUAUGUUGUGUUGUAGUAAUAGAUUAUCCAUGG